CCCGAUACCACGCCAGCUGAUUCUUGGCCAUGGGACCUUUUGCUUGGAACCGAUGCCACACCGACGGAAACAGAACCUUUGCUGGUCGAGUCCACUCCAUGGUGUCGUUACCAAUCACACGCACACGGAAAAUACCCUGACCGGCCUUCUCGGGUGUUAGUUAAUGCACAACAAUGGGUUGGCAAAGACCUUCCGAACCGGCAAUCCCGACCGUUUGGUACACAUUCCAAGCACCGGACCCGGACAACGGUGACCAGUUGGCUAACUACCGAGUGGAAGAUCUGACCGAGGAUCGCUACGAGGACACCAUCCGGCACUAUACCAACAACUUCGUCGACGAUGAGCCGCUUUGCGAGAACAAGCAAUUAUCGCAGGAUGAGCAGUCCCUGGCGGAGAUUACGUUCUUCUGGCGCUGGUGCUUCGAAAAACGGAUGACGAUCGUUUGCUACAAGGAGGGCUCGAACGAGAUUGUCGGAGCGAAUCUGUUGAACGUGAAACACGUUGAUGAUAAAGAAAAGUGGGAUAUGGUUAAGAGUAAAAAGAUUGUGGACCUUUUGCUGACAAACGAAUACAUGACGGACCAGUUCAACAUUUUCCAGAACUAUGGCGUUGAUCGAUAUUUGACGGCGUACGGGUUGGCUAUUAACCAUCGCUAUCGAGGUCGGGGGAUAGCCACAGAAAUUCUGAGAGCAAGGAUUCCACUUUGCCGGGCGUUUGGAAUCCAAGUAACGGCCACCAAUUUCACUGCCAUUGGAUCACAGAAAGCGGCCGCAAAGAUUGGAUUCAAAAACGAUUUCGAAGUGACGUAUGACGAUUUUGCCAAAAUGGGACCAAGCUACAGCUUUCCGGGCAUCAAAUCAAAAAGCUUGAAGCUGAUGAGUCUGAAGAUUGAAUGAAUUCGGUGAUAAUGAAAGAUAAGCAACAUCCUUAUAAGGUAGAAUAACUACCGCGUGAUGCUUUGAUAAGAUAUCGUGUGGUUCGUUACCUUUGACUCCGAUGCCAGAUAAGAUUGGUAAAUAAAACGUGUUUCGCCUGAGCCCGUCCAAAGGGUGGCAUUUAA